AUUUUCUUUUGGCAAGUCAUGUCAGCUAGAUCGUCUUUGUGUCUGUCAUUUCAGAUGGCGUUUAAUGAUUGCUUUAGUUUGAGCUAUCCUGGUAACCCCCAGCCAGGGGACUUGAUUGAAGUGUUUCGUUCUGGCUAUCAGCACUGGGCACUGUACCUGGGUGAUGGUUAUGUUAUCAACAUAGCACCUCUAGAGGAUGACAUUCCUGCAGCAUUUACAAGCGCCAAGUCUAUAUUUAGCAGGAAGGCCCUGGUGAAGAUGCAGCCCCUGAAGGAUGUCGUGGGAAACGACACAUACAGAAUAAACAAUAAAUAUGAUGAAACUUAUCCUCCUCUCCCCAUGGAGGAAGUCAUGCAGCGGUCAGAGAUUGUUAUUGGACAAGAGGUGGAUUAUGACAUACUUGUCAACAACUGUGAGCAUUUUGUGACUUUGCUUCGCUAUGGAGAAGGAGUUUCAGAGCAGGCCAACCAAGCAAUAAGUACCAUUGGGUUUGUGACAGCUGCUGCUGGUGUCUUCUCACUCCUGGGCUUGUUUCCAAAAAGACAAAGAGCAAAAUACUAUUAACAAUUUACUGAAGAGAUAUUGGAACUGAAGGAAUUUGUGAGGAGGGGAAAAAAAAACUGGGAAUACUUAUUUUCGAUGCAUCAUUAUUGUUCAAAAUUCCAGUGAUGGAUGGCAGUCUCUUUAAUAAAUUGCUUACUGAUGUUAUCUCA